AUGACCCUCCAGCCCGCAAGGUCGCACCACACUCACAGGAACACCCGUCACCGCUCCGUAUCACGCUCAUCUUCUUCGCCUUCUCCGCCCCCGCCUUCCUCUCUGUCUGUCCACGGCCACCCACCAAGAACAAGCACACCACUGCAUAACAGUAGAGAAAAGCGGAAAAGCUUCAAUUCACCUCGGUCUUCUGCUACCGGAUCAGUCGGCCAUAACCACGGCCAUGGUCAUAACAGUCAUCGCACACGUGCCCCAAGCCGCAGCCCCCUUCCUCCCUUUUACAAAUCCCCCUCCGACCUUCCCUCCUCCCCACUAGCAUCUCGCACAACACUAGAAGACCAGCAAGACCACGAAACGACCGACGUCGGAUUCUCGACGCAAUACGGUGCUUCGGCGAGUAGCGUCGCCGGCGCGGGUAGCGGGAGCGAGGUAGAGUUUCUGAGGGGAGAUGAGACGGAGGUGGAGAGGGCUAGUAGAGUGAAUUGGAAGAAACAGGUAGACGAGCCUGUUGAUCGAACACCAACACCGCUCGCCUCUGCCCGUACCUCCAACUCAGCCCGACGGCAAAACUCGGCACCGCCCUCGCCGCCUCCUCAUACCCUACUCCCAUUCAUGAUCGGUCUCAACCAUGUCAUCACUUUCAAAUUAGGCGGUAAAACCCGGCGCAUAGGACUGUCUAUGUUGAUGACACGACGCAAAUGCGAGAAUCUUUUGGUAUUGUCAGCAGUGUGUUGGGGUAUCUGGGUGCUGGGGUAUAGAUGGGGCGAACAAGCUAUUGCCGGUGAAAUCGGUUUAUUAGUAGGCUUGACGAUCCUCUACUCCGCCCUUCGAUUCCGACCGACCCCAGCCCGGGUCUUAUCCACAUACCUCCCCCCAACCCGACCCCUCUCCCCCUCUCCCGUCCCACCUUCCACUUGGGGGGGCACAUAUCCUGCACGCGAAAGGUCUGCUCGGGCGAGUGUUGGCCAUGCUUCUCAUUCCCUUGCUGGCGUACCCUUGACGUCCCCUGCGCUGCCAAAGGAUGAUCCUCGGGCGAGGAUGUUGUUGCCGGAUGAAGAUGGGUAUAUAGGGAUUGGACAUAAGGGGAGUAUAUGGGGGACGGAAGAACGUGAAUAUCGCGACUGCCUCGACGACGGCAUAUACUACGCCCUCCUCCUGGGCCCCCUUGUAGCUUCCGCCCUCUUGCACGCUUCCCUCUCCCAACUGUUCUCCUACCCCUCUUCUCCAUUGCCGCAUGAGAAUUGGAAGAUUGAGAACCCCCUUGUACUGCCCACAACCCCGCUGAGGCGGGACGUCGACCCUACAAGGGGACCUAUCGAGACGAUCCGCGCCCUCUCAGCACUUGCAACUUCACGCCGGAACCUCGUACAACUCUUCACGUUGUGUUCAUUUGUCCUUCUCGUGCACCUUGCAAGGUCGUUGCAUCUCGAAAUCAAACAAAUGCGUCUCCUCUGCCCCCCUCCUAACGACCCAAGCGUCUCAGAGCUCGGGGAGGUCCCUCCCGGUAUCCGGAGUGGUCAUGGCGGUGGCGGUGGCGGUCCCAAUAGCGUUGGGGGCAGGUUCAGCGCCCAACAAGCCGGCUUUGGCACCUUCUGGUUAAGGAAGGGUGAAUGGAGGAGGACGGGGAGCGUGGUGGGUUUUUCGGCGUUGGUUAGUGCGGGGUGUUUGGGGGUUAAGGCUGUUACUGCGUAUGUCGGAAGAGGAGUUUGGAGUGAUAUGUCGCCCUCCGAUAUCGUCAUCGCUACCCUCUUCUACCAAUUCAGUAUCUACGUUUGUGUCAGACUCGCCCGGAAGGGGUUGACGUUGGGGGAACUGGCUUCGGUGUGUAGUGCGGCGACGGCAAUGUUUAUGGAAGUCGUCAAUUUGACCCGUAUGAAGAUCGCAAUCUUCCGCACCCCCUACAUCAAAACAUACCGUCUCCCCACCCCUCUCCUCACAUUCCAACUCGCCCUCAUCCCCGGCUCCCUCCUCGCCGGCUUCCUCCUCUCCCCACUCCUCUACCUCUCCCGCAACCUCGCCCAAAAACCAGCGCACCGCCUCCGCCUCCCACACGAAAAACCCAUCCACCGCCGCUUGCUCGCUCUCGGCUUCUAUGGUGGUUCGGCGGUUGUCUGUGGGGGAUUGGUGGGCGGGUGGACGUGGUGGUGUUUGGGCGGGCGGAAUCCGUAUAGUUGGGUGUUUUGGUUCGUGUUUGGGGGGAGGCAUAUGUGGACGAGGUUGGGGCUCGUGGGGUAUUGGGUUGGGUUGGCUAUUGUUUCGGUGGCGGGCUGGGAGAGGCAGCUCAAUCGUGCUAGGAGGCAUAAAAGGUAUACCGUCCCUGGUACAGCAGCUAGCAGAGGCGACGCUCCUUCUUCCUCGAACUCGAACUCCAACUCCUCCAACCAGACCCACCCGUCCGUCUCAACCUCAACCUCAACCCUUCCAAACGCCCCAUCCGCACCCGGCCACCCCGGACAAACAGCAGGACAGGUGGAAGGAAGAGGACAAGCAGGUCUCUCCGGAGCAGCGACACAGAUGAUGGAUGCGGCCGAUCAGCGGAUGCCGACAUUGUCUGUGAAUGCGAGGAGGAAAUCGUUUCAUGCGCUGGCGGUCAUCAUGUUUAUCCCCGGUAUCGCCGUCGACCCAGCAUUCACUCACCUCUCAUUCUCCGUCGCUUUCGCCGCCUUCAACUUUGCAGAAUACAUUCGCUAUUUCGCCCUCUGGCCUUUUGGCGUCAAGGUGCACUUGUUUUUGAACGAGUUUUUGGAUGCGAAAGAUUCGGGGACGGCGAUUUUGAGUCAUUUUUAUUUGUUGGCGGGGUGUUCGUCGCCUUUGUGGUUUGAAGGGCCGAGCGAAUUGCUAUCCUACUUUGGUGUCCUCUCCCUCGGCAUAGGCGAUGCUCUCGCAUCGAUAGUUGGAAGACGAAUCGGAAGACUCCGAUGGUGUCCGGCAUUCGGCAAGACGGUCGAAGGCAGUUUGGCAUUCUUCCUGUCGGUGUUGGUUAGCUCGGUUUUUAUGUGGGCUGUUGGGGCUGUUGAUUCGUUCAAUCUUGUGCCAUAUACGAUCACUGUAGCGUUUGUCACCCUUCUCGAGGCGUUCUCGGCGCAGAACGACAAUCUUAUAUUGCCGAUGAUUGGGUGGGCUGUGGGAACGCUGUUGAGUGUAUAA